GCCUUCCCGUUCCUCAAGGUGGCGCGAACCAUGACGCGAGACGAUCUGAAAAACGACCUCGUCGCCGGUCUCACCGUCGCGGUCAUGGUCAUCCCCCAGGGCAUGGCCUACGCCGCGCUCGCGUCCCUGCGACCGGAGAUCGGCCUCUACUCCUGCAUCCUCCCCAUCCUCACCUACGCGCUCGUGGGAUCCUCCAGGCAGCUCGCGGUCGGGCCCGUCGCGAUGGUGGCGCUGCUCACCACCGCGGGCCUCUCGCCAAUCGUCGACCCCAACGAGGAUCCCGACCGGUACCAGCAGCUCGCCUCGACGCUCGCCUUCAUGGUGGGCGUCCUGCAGGCGGGCAUGGGACUUCUGAGGCUGGAGUUCAUCGCCAGGUUCCUCCCUCACCCCGUGCUCAGCGGGUUCACGUCCGCCGCCGCCAUCGUCAUCGGCUCGUCGCAAAUCAAAGACGUGUUCAAGAUCAAGAUUGGCCGAAGCGAGCGAUUCCAGGAGAUCAUGGACGACUUCGUGCACAACGUCCACGACACCCACGGGCUGACGUUCGCGGUCGCCGCCACGUCCAUCGUCUUCCUCCUCGGCGCGAGGCACGCCAAGCGCAGGUUCAAGGCCAUCAAGAUGCUCCCCGAAGCGCUCGUGCUAGUCGUGUUUUACAUCCUCGUCUCCAAGUACGCCGACUUUGACGACAAAGGGGUCAGGGUCAUCGGCAAAGUUCCCGCGGGGUUUCCGUCCCCGCGGGGCAUCCUCACGUCGGAGCUCGGCCAGCUCGUCGGUCCCGCGCUGACAAUCUCCAUCGUCGGUUUCCUCGAGUCCUUCGCCGUCGCCAAGACAAUCGCGGAGAAGGAACAGUACCCCAUCAGCGCUCGCCGCGAGCUCAUCGGGCUGGGCGCGGCUAACCUCGUGGGGUGCUUCUUCAAGUGCAUGCCCGUCACCGGCGGGUUCAGCCGAUCGGCGGUGAACUACCAGGCGGGCGCCAAGACCGUCUUCGCCGGGGCGAUCACCGCGCUCGCCCUCACCCUCACCGUGCUCUUCCUCACCCCGCUCUUCACGGAUUUGCCGAAACCCAUCCUCUCCGCCAUCAUCAUCGUCGCCGUGUCCACCCUCGUGGAUCUUCAGGAGUUUGUGCACCUGUGGGCGACGGACAAGCGCGAUUUCUUGCUCGUCUCGUGCGCGUUCCUGUGCACCCUCUUCUGGGGCUUGCUCCAGGGUAUCCUGGUCUCCGCCGCGCUCGCGGUGGUGCUCCUGGUGCAGAGAACCGCGAAUCCCCACUCGGCGGUGUUGGUCAAGGUGCGGGACGACCCGCCCGUGUUUCGCAACCGCGAACGGUUCCCCAACGGCGAGCCCAUCCCGAACGUCCUCAUCUACAGGCAGGACGCGCCCCUGUUCUACGCCAACGCCGAUUCCUUCCAGGAGUCCAUCCUGACCUUGGCCGGCGACGGUCGGACAAGCGUCGUCAUCAUCCACGGCGGCGCGAUGCCGCUGGUGGACUCGACGGGCGCCGCGACUUUGACUCGCAUACGCCGCAGGCUCUCCGAGCGGAACGUUCGCGUGGUGCUGUGCGAGUUUAACGGACCGGUGCGCGACGCCCUGCGCCGGGCGCACGUC